CUUGGUUACCUAGAGACGGGAGGACUCGGCUUCUUGGUUACCCUGGGAUAGGAUUUUGUAGUUCUGGGAGCUCCAUUGACAGAGGGCCGUGUAACUGCUGGCCCAGAGAUACAACAAUGUUCAUCUACCUGAGCAAGAAGAUCGCCAUUCCCAAUAACAUCCAGCUAAAGUGCAUCUCAUGGAACAAGGACCAGGGAUACAUAGCAUGCGGAGGAGAAUCCGGAUUGCUGAAGGUUUUAAAACUGGAAAUGCAGAGCGAUGACGCCAAGUUGAAAGGUCUCGCCGCUCCCAGCAAUCUUUCCAUGAAUCAGACUCUGGAUGGACACAGCGGAUCUGUACAGGUGGUGACAUGGAAUGAACACUUUCAGAAGUUGACUACCAGUGACCAGAACGGCCUCAUUAUUGUGUGGAUGUUGUACAAAGGCUCCUGGUAUGAAGAGAUGAUCAAUAACCGGAACAAGUCAGUUGUGCGCAGUAUGAGUUGGAACGCGGACGGCCAGAAGAUCUGUAUCGUAUAUGAAGACGGAGCUGUUAUUGUUGGUUCAGUGGAUGGAAAUCGUAUUUGGGGCAAAGAACUGAAAGGGAUACAGUUGUGCCACGUUGCAUGGUCACCAGACGGCAAAAUCCUUCUUUUUGGCAUGGCGAAUGGAGAAAUACACCUUUAUGAUAACCAGGGAAAUUUCAUUGUGAAGAUGGUUCUGAGCUGUUUGGUCAAUGUGAGCAGUUCUCUGAGCAUUGCUGGAAUGCACUGGUACCCAGGCAGUAAGGGAUAUGUGGAACCAGAUUGCCCCUGUCUGGCUAUAUGUUUUGACAAUGGAAGAUGCCAGAUAAUGAGACAUGAGAAUGAUGAAAACCCGGUCCUGAUCGAUACUGCAAUGAGUGUGGUCAGCAUACAGUGGAAUCACUGCGGAAGUGUCCUGGCUAUAGCUGGCUCUCAGAAGACCACCACUCAGGAUAAGGAAGUCAAUAUUGUGCAGUUUUAUACCCCAUUUGGAGAGCAUCUGCGCACCCUGAAGGUUCCAGGAAAACAGAUGUCCGCUGUGUCCUGGGAAGGAGGAGGGUUGAGGAUCGGGCUGGCUGUCGAUUCGUUUAUAUACUUUGCAAACAUUAGACCAGAUUACAAGUGGGGCUUUUGCUCCAACACAGUGGUAUAUGCUUACACCAGACCGGAUCGCCCCGAGUAUUGUGUGGUUUUCUGGGACACCAAGAACAAUGAGAAGUUUGUGAAGUAUGUAAAGAGCCUGAUAUCUGUGACCACGUUUGGCGAUUUCUGCAUUCUCGCUACCAAGGCUGAUGAAAACCAUCCUCAGGAUGACAAUGACUCUGACAACAACAGAAUUAAGGGAACACCGGUCUCUGGAGGACAGUAUGUUCUGGUUUUAUGUAAUUCCAUUGGAACUCCACUGGAUUCAUCAUUUCUUUCUGCAGUGCCCCUGUUUGUGACCAUGACCAAAACCCAUGUUAUAGCUGCCUCUAAGGAAGCCUUUUAUAUCUGGCAGUACAGAGUAGCAAAGAAGCUGACUGCAAUGGAGAUCAAUCAGUUGUUACGGACUAAGAAAGGGGGGAGAGAACGGGUGUUUCACAUUGACGAUAGCCCAGCUGGUGUGGGCGACAGUCUGAUGGACUUCAAUAAAGCAAUGGCGGCUACAAGAGAUCUGAUUUGCAGCAUAACGGCAUCGGAUAAAGUCCUAAUUGUGGCACGCGAGUCCGGAGCAGUGCAUAGGUACAGUCUACCCAACGUGGCAUUAGUACAGAAGUAUGGACUGAGCUGCCGUGCUUAUCAGAUGAGUCUGAACUGCAAUUCCAGCCGCCUGGCUAUAAUCGAUCUUUCUGGGGUCCUCACAUUCCUGGAUCUGGAGUCCCAAUACUCUGAUGACACGGGGCAGCAGAUCAUUGGAGAGCAACUUAAGUUUGAGCGUAAGGAUGUCUGGGACAUGAAGUGGGCCAAUGACAACCCAGACCUAUUUGCGAUGAUGGAGAAAACUAGGAUGUACGUUUUCAGGAACUUGGAUCCAGAGGAACCCAUACAAACAUCAGGAUAUAUCUGCAAUUUUGAAGAUUUGGAAAUCAAAUCUGUUCUUUUGGAUGAAUUAUUAAAGGAUCCGGAACACCCUAACAAAGACUACAUCAUUAAUUUUGAAAUCCGGUCAUUGCGAGACAGCCGGGCUUUAAUUGAGAAGGUUGGCAUCGAGGACGCCUCCCAGUUUAUAGAGGACAACCCUCACCCAAGGCUUUGGCGCUUACUGGCUGAGGCCGCCCUUCAGAAACUGGAUCUUCAAACUGCUGAACAAGCAUUUGUACGCUGCAAAGACUACCAAGGCAUAGAGUUUGUGAAGCGGCUGGGCAACCUACAGAGUGAGCCAAUGAAGCAAGCCGAGGUGUCUGCCUACUUUGGCAGGUUUGAGGAAGCAGAGAGGAUGUAUUUGGAUAUGGACAGAAGAGAUCUUGCCAUCAGUCUAAGAAUAAAGUUGGGAGACUGGUUCAGAGUACUGCAGUUGCUCAGAACGGGUUCCGGGGACUCAGACGAUGCUCUGCUGGAGCAGGCCUACAACGCCAUUGGUGACUACUUUGCAGACAGACAGAAAUGGUUGAAUGCAGUGCAGUACUAUAUACAGGGCAGGAAUCAGGAACGCCUGGCUGAGUGCUACUACAUGUUGGAAGAUUAUGACGGACUUGAAGUUUUGGCUAAUUCCUUACCCGAGAACCAUAAGCUGCUUCCUGACAUUUCCCGCAUGUUUGUGACGGUGGGAAUGUGUGAGCAGGCUGUGGCCGCCUUCCUCAAGUGUAACAUGCCGAAAGCAGCUAUAGACGCAUGCAUGCACCUCAACCAGUGGAAUAAAGCUGUUGAGCUCGCCAAAAAUCACAACAUGAAAGAAAUCGGAUCGCUGCUUGCCAAGUACGCCUCCCAUUUGUUGGAGAAGAACAAAACGCUGGACGCUAUUGAACUUUACCGCAAAGCCAAUCACUUCCUAGAAGCUGCUAAGCUCCUGUUCAAGAUUGCUGAUGAAGAGGCCAAAAAGCGGGCGAAGCCCCUCCGUGUAAAGAAGCUUUACGUGCUGGCAGCAUUGCUGGUGGAGCAAUACCAUACCCAGGUGAAGAACACACAGAAAGGAAAGCUGAAAGGAAAGCAGACAGAGGCUACAUCAGCACUGGCUGGCCUGUUAGAAGAAGACAGUCUCCUGUCUGAUAAUCGGAUCAUUGACAAUGCCUGGAGAGGGGCCGAGGCCUACCACUUCUUCCUUCUGGCUCAGAGGCAACUCUAUGAAGGCUAUGUGGACGCUGCCAUGAGGACGGCUCUGCACCUGAGAGAUUAUGAAGACAUUAUUCCUGCUGUAGAGAUCUAUUCCCUGCUGGCGCUCUGUGGCUGUGCUAACAGGGCAUUCGGAACCUGCUCCAAGGCUUUCAUUAAGCUGGAAUCUUUAGAGACGUUGAGCCCUGAGCAGAGACAGCAAUAUGAAGACCUUGCUCUGGAAAUCUUUACCACAUAUAGUCCAAAAGACACGAGAAGCCCUGAGGCUGAUGUCGUCCCGGAACGCGGGGAAGGAAAAUUCCCAACAUGCAUUGCUUCAGGGAGACCCAUUACAGAAUACCAGUUCUGGAUGUGCAGCGUUUGCAAGCACGGCGUUCAAGACCGGGAGAUUGCUGUAUACAGCUUCUGUCCUCUCUGCCAUAGCUCCACUUCAUAA